CCAGUUCAGACUCGCUUGGCAAUGUGGCAUUAAGCCAUUAAGGGCUAUUAGCCUAUUACUAUUAGUACAGCCAAAAACCCCUUGGCCAGUCCUGCUCAGGUACAGCUUAGCCAGUGCACCACAGUGGACUACCCCGGCACAGGCUAUUCCCCUCUGCCCUUAGUCGCGUAGUAGCAUAUCGAAAGGCUGUGACAAAAGCAUGAUAUCAAUAAAUAGGGAGAGUUUAUAGGUAAGUGUAGUCCCAAAAUCAUAAACACUAUCAUGGAGAGGACCGUUAUACCAAGAAGGCCCUAUAAAUGUAUUGGGUUAACACUCCAUGACUACCAUAACUUUUGAGCUUUGAAAAAGACAUUCACGAGUCACAUGCCUUUGUUUUCAGUGAAAAGGAUAAAAUUCUAUAAAAACCUCAUUUUUUUUGGGUUGUCUUCUGUAAUUUCAGACCCUUCUCCACUUGUUUUCUCUCUCUCUAUACCCCUCCAUUAUAAGGGACAGUACUUUCUAACACCCUUCUGUUUUCUUCCCAUUUAUAUAACCUAUAGUUUAUAUGUAAAAAAAAUUUCAUGUUUUUCCUCUGAUUUUUCUCAUAAUUUUUGUUCUAAUGGAGAAACCUAGCAGCAUUCUAUGUCUUCUUAUCUUGUUCCUUGCAUUUUCUGUCUCGCAUCAGUCUCACGGCGGUCACAAGUCUCACCACCCUGCAGCUAAACCCAGUUCUCAGAUCACUGUCAUGGGUACUGUUUACUGUGACAUUUGCUCAAAUAACUCCUUUUCUAGGCACAGCUACUUUCUAGCAGGAGUGGAAGUGAAAGUAGAUUGCAAGUUCAAGGCAACAGCACCAAGAACAUCUGAAGAAAUAACAUUCUCAGUGAAUCGAACGACAAACGAAUAUGGGUGGUACAAACUCGAAAUACCUUCAGUAGAUGGGAUCGAAUGUGCACGAGGAGCAGCCGUCGAAACGAUAUGCAGGGCGAGUUUAAUUGGGAGUUAUACUUCAAAAUGCAAUGUGCCUGGACAUCAGACUACCACUGAUGUUGUGUAUUUUAAGUCUAGCCAACAGCAUAUCUGCAUUUAUGGGUUAAGUGCGUUGAACUUUAGACCUUCUAGCAAGAACAAGGCUUUGUGUGGAAAUUAGCAAGCCUUUUCUUCCCCAAAUCAAACUUUAAUUAUGUUUUUCAUUUUCUAAUUUUUGUUUACUAUAUAUAUUAAUAAAAGUAAAUUAUAUAUAUUUAUAUGCAAUAGAGUUUUUAUUUUUAUAUUUCGGUGCUGGUGAUUUUGGAUUAAGUACAAAGAUUAAUAGUUACUCUGUUCAAUAUUGCAUAUAAAGUAGGUCAUAAUUCUAUUAUAGACCGUCUAAGCAUAAAUAAAUCACUUUCUCGAUUUA